CAUGGCAGACGAACGCUUCCGAACGUCAAAAGUUGGCGGGAAACCUACUUAGGAAAAAAAAAAAUUCAUUUAUGGGAAUGUUUUGGAGGACAUAUUGUGUUGCUUUAGAUAAUUACACAAAAGUUAGUUAGAUAAUAAUAUUAAGUGAUUAUUUAAUUUAAUAAUGAAGUUAUUAGUGUUUAUAAUUUUUGCUGGUUGUGCAGUUAGAUGUGAUGAGUCUGGUAACUACUACGUGAUAGAGCGGCCAUCAGACGCGCCCGUCCGAGAAGUCAGACCGUUUCAUGUGUAUUGGAACGUGCCCACAUUCCAGUGCAAAUCCAAGAAGGUCGCUUUUGAUGACCUGUUCGAAAAGUACGGGAUUAUACAGAACCAGAAUGACGCUUUUCAGGGAGAGCAGAUCACAAUUCUUUACGACCCUGGCCUAUUCCCUGCGAUUCUGAAAGAGGAGAGCAGCGGCAAACUAAGGACCCGUAACGGCGGGGUACCCCAAGAAGGGGAUUUAGACGAGCACCUCACCGCUUUCCGGUUCGUGUUGGACCAUGCCAUUCCAGACCCUGACUUCAGCGGAAUCGGCGUAAUAGACUUCGAGUCGUGGCGUCCCAUUUUCCGGCAGAACUCCUGGGGCGUGCUGGUCCCGUACAGGAACCUGUCGCUGCAAAUAGAGAGGCAACGGCAUCCCUGGUGGACCAAGAGCAUGAUCGAGAAAGAGGCAAAGCGUCGAUUCGAACGCUCCGGCCGCGAGUUCAUGCAGGCUACCGUGGCGCUCGCUCGCCUGCUGCGGCCGCAGGCCAAGUGGGGCUACUACGGGUUCCCGUACUGCUUCAACAUGGCGGGCUCCAAGCUAGUGGAGACUUGCCCGAGCAUCGUACAGCAAGAGAAUGAUCAAACAUCGUGGCUUUGGACUGAGAGUACGGCGCUCUACCCUUCGGUGUACAGUUCAAGGAACUUGAGCUCCGCUCAACUUGCAGGACUCAUACGCGGUCGAGUGACGGAGAGCACUCGAGUGAGCCGUGGGCUGCCUAUACUACCCUACUUUUGGUACAAGUAUAGGGAUGCCGGAUUUAUGUCGGAGGUGGAUGUAAAAACAGCAAUAAAGGCAAUGUAUAAGUCACACACUUCUGGAUUUAUAGUAUGGGGAAGUUCUAACGACGUUAAUUCGGCUACAAAAUGUGAAAAACUAAAAACAUACGUGGACUACAUCCUUGGUCCAGAAAUAGCCAAAUAUACAAAACAAACAUACAAGAUAGAUGGAUCAAAUAAUGUUAACAAUGAUACGAUACCCAAUAAUGUUACGACACACAAUCCAUUGUUUUUUUUAACUAGUGAUUCAAAGGAUGAUGCAAACCAGAAAGUGGAUUCUGAAAAUGAGGAAAUGCAUGAGAAUUCAGACAAAAAUCAAUACAAUCUUGAGGAUGACAUUGUCAGUAGUACAAAUGACUCUGCUUACGCUAAAAAUGAAAACAAUAUUUUAUUAGAUAUAGUUUUAAGUUUAAUGGAAAACAUACACAAAACUUACGACGCAAAGGUAAUAGAUGCGACAAUGAAAAAAAUUAAUAAGGAUCGAAAGAAAGGCAUACCAAUUCACGAUACAUUUACAAAAAUGAGUGACUAUGUUUUCGAUUUAACGACUAAAAGCCCAGUGCAUGAAAUAAACAAAAAAGGAAAUCUUUUUAGUUUCCUUUACCCAUCUGAAAGAAAAAAAAACGUACUUCUAAACAAUGAUAUUGAAUCUACUACAGCCAAAAUGACCACAACAACAGACAACAUUUUAAUACCGGGAGAUAAUUUCGUAUCUACAACAAUAGAUGUGCUGUUUGAUAACGAUAACUUGAAUGUUAAAUUUGUAGAUAAAAAUAAUAUCACUGAAAAAACCAGUACAGAGUCCUACAGAGAAGAGGAAACUACAUAUCCAAUAUUUUUUGAUUACGAUUUUAAGAACACUACGACUACAGACGAAAAUAUAAACAAUACCGACUACACCGAGAGUGCUUCCACAAUACCAGAUGAAACUACAAUACCAAUUUUCUUUGAUAAUCUAUUUCAUUCCACGGCGUCUGCGGAAUCUGUAACUAAAAAUGAUUACGACACUCAAAGUACAACAGAAUCAACAGCAAAGAGGUCCAUUGACGGCGGUGUAUUGAGUACGACUGCUAGGAGCACUACUGAAGACGACGAUAUUAAGGAUACUGUCACUGAUGAUUCCGAAUAUCAGGUACCUGGGUCUUCGCAAGUUGACAGAAAGUACUUCAUAUGCUUAUUCCUCUACUUAUAUUUGGUGUUUAUAUGCCUUUGUGAUAAUUGUGGUCAGUGUUGAGACUAUAGUCUUUACUGUUGUGGCCGGUGUCUUCUUAAAUGUGCUUAUUAUCUGUGAUAUAAUCUUAAUUGUUAAUGUAAAUAAUUAUGUAUAGAGUCAGUACAAUGUACUUCAUUUUAAAUAUUGUUAGAUAUGUUACUAUUUUCAGAAUUAAAAGUUGAUUCAAAUAAUACCACUUUUUAAAUUAAUUUAAACACGGCAUAAGCGUUCUCAAGCAACCACCACUUGAGAACGCCACAUAAGAGUAUGUAUUAAUCUUUUCCCCUCACUAGCUCGGAAACACGUGUU